AUGCCAGACAGUAUGACCGAAGUUCCGACUCUGCGGUGGGGGAUCCUGGGUACUGGUUGGAUUUCAACCAUGUUUGUAACCGAUGUCAUUGCGCCCCGAAUCAAUGCACCGGUGAGACAUGUCGUCGCCGCCCUAGGAUCCUCCUCAGAAGAAAAAGGAGCCAUGUUUGUCCAGAAGGUCUGGGCAUACUCAUCAGCACCCCGACCACGGAUCUAUGACCGAUAUCAGAACGUAUACAAUGACGAAAACGUCGACAUCGUCUACGUGGGGACACCUCAUGCAGUGCACAAGCAGAACUGUCUCGAUGCCAUCACCGCUGGGAAAUCCGUGCUUUGCGAGAAACCUUUUGCCAUCAACGAACACGAAGCCCGGGAUGUAAUCCAUGCCGCAAGAGAUAAGGGAGUUUUCAUCAUGGAAGCUGUAUGGACCCGGUUCUUCCCCCUCAUGCGGUCUCUACACGAGCACCUGAACGUGAAAAAAUCAAUCGGCCAGGUACACCGUUUAUUUGUUGAUUUUGGGUUAGACAUUCCUCUGGCGGGUCUUCCAGCCAGUUCACGACUCAAAGAUCCGGGCCAGGGAGCUGGCGCCCUACUAGACAUAGGCAUAUACUCCUUGACCUACGCGUCUCUUGUGAUGGGCAAGGGUAAACUUGGAAAAUCUCAUCCUCAUCCUCAAGUCAUUUCAAUGCUCGACAUCGUGGAUGGGAUUGACGAAUCAAACGUGGUGAUCUUAAGGUACGAAGAGCAGAGGUCAACUGCAAUUUGCACUUCGACACUUGGCUUUAAAUCGCCUGAAGACUUCGCACGAAUAGAGGGGUCAGAAGGCACCAUUACAAUUUUUGGCGGUGCCGCCAGCUGUCCUAGUGGAUUCCGACUAUGUCGGACAAAUGCGGAUCCAAAGCAAUCAGCAACGCAGACUUUUAGUUUCAAUCACCCCGCAGGAACUACGGGAUUCUUUUACGAGGCAGAUGCAGUAGCCGUGGAUAUCGCGAAUGGCAGGUUGGAAAACGAAACAAUGCCUCUGGACGAGACUUUGAGGAUGCUAAGAUUGAUGGAUACCAUUCGGAAGGAUGGUGGUCUUGUUUACUUUCAAGAUCAGGAUAGAUGAAAACCCAAAUAGAACCUUGAAACCGCCAAUAUACCGACUGGACCUCCUGGCAGUCGCAAUAAAUUCUCUAGAAUCGGUCUUGAAGCGACGCAAUGACCUCUCUCGCUUUGGCAAUAUCCGGGCUCUCGGACUCCCAGUACUUCAAAAUAUCCAGACAUGUUUGGAAAGAAUGCCCAAAUUCCCCUUCCCAGUGUGAAUCCCGCAAAAUGUUGCCGGCUGGAAUUAGCCCGCUUUUCCUGGCGCCGAGAAGGAGCAAGGCACACGUGCUGACCAUUCUACACGAGAGCCACGUUCCAUGGUUUCGGUGAUAGAAUGGCACAGUUGCAGUUAGUUCGAGUAUAUUCUUGAGCGCCUUUUGAGCUAGUGUGUCGAUAAUCUGAUUGCUUUCCAA